AUGCCACCCUUGGACUUUAUCCGAAAAGCAGUCGCCAAGAACAACAACACAUCAUCAUCGUCGGGCGACUCAUCCUCUUCUCCUUCUUCUAAUCGCUCCUCUCCCACCACUGCACCGAGUAUCAAGAUCAAACACAAAUCCACACUCACCGUUCAACUCAAAUAUGAAAAACAAUACACCUCGCUCCAACAACAACAAUCGAUAUCACAACACUCGACACAAUUGAUAUGUUUUCCAAGUGAUACUUUGCAAAAUUUUGUUCAUGAAAAAGUGUUGCCAUUGCUCGGAUUUGAUGUCGCGAGUCACUUGUCAUCAUCGAGCCAUUCGGAUCCAUUAGCAGCCUUCAAAGAAAAGUAUGCCACGUUCGUAGUGAGAGGAGACAUGAAUAAUAGCAACAACUCGUGUUCGAGAGGUGACUGGAUUUUUAAUUAUGGACUCACUUUUAAUGAUUUGAAAUUAAAAGGAUCAUGCACCAUAGAAUGUGUGUUUCUCAAAAAGAAAACUCAAGUUCAAUUCGAUAUUGAUCAACAAUUUGCAAAAUCAGUGGAUAUUCUUGAAUUGAAAACUGUGAAUCAAAUUACACAAGAAAUUGCAAAUUCUUUCAUGAUAAAAAGAGAAUUCAUGGAUGACUUUUCUGUAAAAGAUGAAAAAACAAAUCAAUGGUUAAAACCUUCAUUGACAUUGAGAGAACAACAUGUUAUUUUGGAUGACAAGUGUAAAUUGAGACUUGCUAAAAAGUAUAAUUUUACCAUUGGGUUACUAUUGGAAAAGAAAAUGGAUUUAAAAUUGAAUACAUUGACCUUGUCACUCACUUAUAAUGAGAGUAAGGAACGUGUCAUGAAUGGAAAACUGUCAUACAAUAUCGAAGAUAGACCUCAAAGAAAUGAUUUAUCAAAACUUGUCGCUCUCUCAGUGAUUGCUGAAAAUAGAGACAUGAAAUCCUAUCUUGAUUGUGAGGAUGUUUCAAAAUUUGAACCUCUCGUUCCUCCCUAUAUUUACAGUGAAAUUCAAUCAAGUUCAAAACUCAAGACAAAGAUGAAGAAAAAAUUUGUGACUCGAUUGCAACGACACAAACAUCUCAAUACCAUGGAUGCUCAAUGUGAAUUUGUGAAUUUAUGUUCACAACAUCCAUUUUUCAGAUUUAAUUUGUAUCAUGUUCAAUCCUCACAAGACACAACAAAGAAAGAAGGAAAUAGUGAGAAUGACUCGUUCUCGACCACCAAUAACCAUUGGAAAGAAAAUAUUUUGGGUAUUGACGACAAGAGUCUAUGUCUCAUUCAUCCCAAAGAUAAGUGUAUCAUAUUUAGUACUUUAUUUUCAAAUAUUGUGACCUUUUCAGCGAAUGGAGAGUUAUUGAGCAUUGUGUUAAAACAACCAGAGCCAAUAUUUGACUCGACUCUGUUAAUCAAGAGCCCUGAAGUUGUUGAAAUUGAAACCAUACUCAUGGGAGCUAUCGAUUAUUUCACACGAAAAACUUUCCUCUCACAGCAAGCAGAUGCAUCUCUUCAGGAUGAUCUUGAUUCAGAAUUGCAGAAUGGAUCUGUUAGUAGGAAAAAUUCAAACUUCUCAUUACCCACACACAUUCCAACCACAGAUAUCAAUUUGUUACUCUCCGAUAAGAAUAUUGUGAGUAAGGCACUCACAGGUCUCGAAGAGUAUAACAAACAAAUUUACGCAAAAACCGGACCCGUUCAAUUAGUAUUGAAAGAGAUGGAAGAUGCUCAAUCACAGUGUCGGCGAAGGAUCAUUUCCAAUUACAUUCAAACUUUGGAAAAUGAAGCUCAAAAGAACAAUGAAGAGCUGAGUGAAAUUUUCAAAAAACCAAUGGAAUAUUUAGAACUGGUAGAAAGUGGAAAGUCACAACGACAAGUUAUGGAAGAGUCCUAUAUCAAAUUAUUAGAAAUUGAGACGGAACGAAAAGUCAGAGAAUUGGAAGUGAAAUUGUUAGAAAAUAUUUCCAGAGGUAUUCAACAAUCCUUUUCAGUCUCUCGAUUCGCCCAUGACCCGACUUCUUCUUCAUUAACUGAAUUAGAUCAAUUGAAAAAUCAAAUUUAUCCAAAACAGGUCCUCGACAUCAAACGAGAAAUGGAAUAUGCAUUUCGAGAAUUGGAUCUUUUAGAGAGUAAUAAUGGCACAGAACACAAACAAGCUACUCUCUUGCAAUUGAAACAAUUAUUCGAUUCUCAAAUUCAACACUUGUUGCAUUAUGAACAGUUUUUAAAUGACAAGUAUCAAAAGUUGAGAGACAUCAUGACGGAACCAUCGGGAGUUGUGCCCUCUGCUGCUGCUGCUACUUCUUCAUUUCGAUCCAAAACAGGAGUGAAUCAUGAAGCCGUGUCACGUACUCCUCUGCAAUCCUCUCCAAGGGUUGGGCAACAACAAUCUGCGAGUAGUAAUAAUAGCUCGCAGUCUUUUAGAAUGGAUACAAAAAGUGGUAGUAGUGGUCACCUUAAUGGGAGUAGUUCCAAUUUGCUUGGAAAGGCAACAACAGCAUCACCCAUUGUAACACCUUCUGUUUCUGUGAAUGAUUUGAAAAGUAGAUUUAAUUCUUCGCAGUCGUCAUCCUCAAGAACUUCACCAACAACAACUGAUUCUCCAACCAAUUCACCAACACGAACGAGUAGAACAUCAACUGUGUUGGAAGUCAUUCGAAAUUUUGAAAAGAAGUAA